AUGGACCAAAAGUCUCCAGACUAUGCGCUCGAGAUGUGCGAGUCUGCACCAGAAUCGCAGCCCCUGACAAAGCACAUGUUCAGCGAUGGCUCCGAGACCGAUGUCGAUGACUUUGAGUCUCUCAGGACGACUCACGACCGUCAUAGCUCUCGCACGAUACAGAGGAAACACAUUAUUCUCAUAGUUCUACUGGCAAUAGUUUCCCAUCUUGCCAGCGGCUGUGUUGGCUUUUACUAUAACAAGGGGCCGAACCUUGACGCUGCGUGCUCCUCCUACACAACGCAAUACUCUCCGUUGCUCGAAGAGGUGGGGAUCAAAUACGACUUCAUCCAGUAUAAUGGCUCUUUCCUGGAGGAGACCAUCUAUAGACAGAGGGGGUCUCCAGAAGUCGAUGACGCCUGGGAGGCGCUUGGAGUCAACUCUCGAGCUGGCGUUAUUACUAGAGAGCAAGGCCUCAAAAGUGGAUUGACUAAUGCUCAUGUCCAGCGUGCCGACAAGUAUGGCGGUGGCUUCUUCGUCAAUGUGGAAGGAAUGCACCAUUUGCACUGUUUGAACCUUGUUCGCCAAGGCCUGUACUGGAACUAUGAAUAUUACAAGGAGUUGGGAGCUGGCGCCUUUGUGAACGACGACAUGAUCAUAGAGAAACAUAUCUCACACUGCCUCGAUACGAUCCGCCAAACACUGAUGUGUAACGCCGACACGGGUGUUCUGGGUCAAGUCUGGUUUGAUCAUGAAAGCCCAACGGCGUUCCCAGAUUUCAACACAAGGCACAAGUGCAAGAACUUUGACGAUAUAAGUCGAUGGGCUGUUGAGCACCAGGAGCUGGUCCCAGAUGCAUUGCCAGACGAUUACAUGAAGGAACCGAAACCAGAGUAUGUAGGGGAGAACACACCAUGA